CCAUCCUCUGAGGCUCGCAUGGGCAUCAAUUCAACUUGUGCCAACAAUGAGACCAGUUUGCCACCGGAUGUAAGGAUGGCUUCCAGCGUGGUCGACGCAAACCCGAAGCUGGCUAGCUGUCUUUCCAGCAACACAAACUGUGCCUCUCCAUCUAAUCACAUUUCUCUCAGUAACAAUGGAUCUAUUGGUAUGGAGUUUGUGGGUGGCCCCCUUGACGACCUCAAAAAUGGAACUGCAAACGUGACUGUAGUAGAGGCAGAGGGCCAAGAGGCUGAUGAAACGGAAGUUGAAGAAGGCGAAGGAGAUGAAGAGACGGUUUUUCCACAUGAACCUGGGAAAAUUUUUAUUGGUGGCCUAAACCCAUCCACUACAAUCGAAACACUGAAGUUCUACUUUCGAAAAUAUGGCGAAAUCAAGAAUUCUUUGAUUAUGCGAGACAUUGUUACCAAGAAAUCUCGGUGA